AGCAAUCGAAGCUAGUGACUGACUUAUUCCAUGUAUAAUGGGAAGUCCACCUCGCUGUUGUCGUAAGCAAUUAUGCUUCCUUACUUUUACUUUCAGCUUGUUUUUUCCGUAAGUCAAAAAAAGAGUCAGAUAGGUAGAUCAUCAAGUUACUGCGAAUAUAAUCUACAAGUCGCUGUCCUGUGGCUGUCGUGCUGUCUCACGUGUGUCUUCUAGCUUUAGCAUUGUUCUCUCCGCUCCUUCAAAGCUUUUUGAGGGCACGAAAAUGACGGUUGACGGUAAGAUAUCUCGUUGUGCCUAUCGUGCACGGCCCAGCCGAGCACGGGAAAUACAGAAAUGGUUGCUCGAGAAUCAACCACACGCAAACCUGAUCAAAGCACAGCCUUGCGAGAUCAGUCCCUUCUCGUUUUUGGCACAGCUUUCCUGGACUACGUCUUCCUCGCUCGGCGGUUUUUUUACCCUAUGGCUCUGCAUAUUCCUAGCCUUUUUCGGCUACUAUGCUUCUUUAGCGUGUAUAGCGGGAGUCAUUAUACCCGCAACAUUCGUCAGCGCUGAUUACCUUACGGAAAAGCAUCCGAAGCUGACGGCUUGGUUGAAGGCACAGAUCAUGCAUGGGAGCUCGCGAUGGAUGGGAGUACACAUCGUAGUCGAGGACAUUCGCGAGGCAUUGCACAACUCGUCGCUUAUGAUGCAUUCAUUGAAAGAAAAAGAUUCAUCUGAUGCUGACGCCACGACGACUUUAACUAGUGCUGGAGAGAAAAACAAAAACAAGAACCUCGCGCUAGCACAGAGCUGCAUUCUCGGAAUCGAACCGCACGACGUACUGCCUCUAGGCUGCUGCAGUAUGGCUGCUGGAACUGAAGCAUUCUUAAUGCAACGCACUAGUCCUGUGGGAUGCCACCAAGGGACGUAUUCACUGGAUGCAGAUGGCAGACCGCGCAAUUUGGCGGACGAAAGUAGCUCUGGACCUGGAGGAGGUUGCAGUGCUACUAAGUCUUCGAGCUCAUCUUCGAGCCUAGAAUGCAAGCAAACAGGGAAAAAUGAAGUUCUAGAACUGCACCUGCGGGAAACGCAUAUGGCCAUUACGGGUGCAAUAUUGAAAGUUCCAAUUUUCAACGUUUUUUGUCACUUGUGCGGCGGCCGCGACGCCUCGAAAGCGGUGCUGGUCGAGGAGCUAGAGAGAGGUAACAACGUAGGCAUAUGUCCUGGCGGUGUGAAGGAAGUGAUUUACAAUUUCGCCUACACGCUCUCGCCUGCAGAGCUCAAGGAGCACAACAUCGAACCUGGGAGCAAAAACUACAAGAUAGUCUUCUUGAAAGUUAAGGAUCAUCUUCAUUUCCCUUGGAUAAAGAUCAAAAAUGUGUAUUCAUCUUCUUGCAUUUUUUUAAAUAGUUCAUGAAGUACAACAACAACAAGCAGCUUGAACUUCCAGACGAUUCUCCGGAAGUAGAACAAGAGGAGCCAAAGCACUAGAAGAGUAGACUUUCGCACCCAGGAUGAAUUUGGCUCUUCUAUGUGAGUCUGCUCUAAGAUUCAGCGUAAGGGCUUCGCGAAACUCGCGGUGGAGAAAAAGCGCCCACUCGUGCCGAUCUUUAUCUUCGGACAGGAAAAACUGUACUUCUAACUCAAUACUUGUUUCACUACAACAAGAAGUAGUAAACAUCAAAAUCGCGCACCACGACGACGACACUAAAUUUCGAUCUGGUCGUCGCCCAUUCACUCGAGAUUCAAUUGUAUGUAAUAACGUGCAAAACCCAAUAUGGAAUUGUGCAUCUAACUCAAUACUUGUUUCACUACAACAAGAAGUAGUAAACAUCAAAAUCGCGCACGACGACGACACUAAAUUUCGAUCUGGUCGUCGCCCAUUCACUCGAGAUCCAAUUGUAUGUAAUUUAACGUGCAAAACCCAAUAUGGAAUUGUGCAAUUGAGUACGUUGCUAUGUAUUUAUUGAUAAUUGCUCCACUCAACGCAGCACCUCAAAAAUCGGAAUCGAAAUUCUUGACAGUUUCUACCCCUUACUGUUGGCGCCACCACAAAGCUGGUCGUUUCUUCGCGGCUCGUGGGAGAAGACGACGCGGGUCAUCGGCUUUGUGCCGAUUUUACCCCUUGGAUUAUUCCUAACGUUGCCUUUUCCGGGGUCUCUGAGUGUCGUUGUUGGCAAAGCGAUCCAGGGAACCGACAUGAAUGCUGUUCACGAAGAGUACUGUAGAGAAUUAAAGAGGAUCGCUGAGACGUAUGCACCGUGCUUCGGCUACGGGAAGGAUUUCCGGCUUAUCGUAAUGUAGAUAGUUAUUACCAGUAUAAUUCUAGACCACCUCCACCACCUAGUAGUUAUGUUGACGACUAAAUUUUUCGCAAUUCAAAUCGAUCUUGUGCAUAGAUGAAGAAGACGCAUAGAAGUGUUCAUCUUUCCUGCGUAUGCUGAGCUCCGUUUGUCUUCUUCGUGGUUUGCUGGAUGUUGUACCCUCGAUUCCUGCUCAAGAAGUGAGAAUAUGUUGAUUCUUCAAAGAAGUACGAAUGUACUCAAUGAAUUCUUUUUGCCGCAUUGCCGGCCUCUAAAUACUCGCUAUAAUAUUGGAAAAGUUCUAUGUCUGAGCGCAUACUCAACCUGAUGAGUAUGCUCGUGUCACCACGUCAAUACCAUGAUCAAGCUUAUGCUAGUCGUAAUCUCCAUUCGUUGAUGAUUGUUGCGGAACACUAGGAAACAAUGAAAAUGACUGGAUGGCAUAUAUAAUAAAUAUGUUCUUCGUUUGCUUGGCCCUGGUGCGCAAGCCAGGUUCCGAUACGGGAAAAAAACUCGCAAAAAUUCUUUCCUUGUGAAUCUGAAUUUACGCCGACAUAAUGACAACAUCAACUGCAUCAGACCAUUCUGCGACUGUCUCGAGUCGUUCUUUGGAGGGGAUUCUGAUGGGAAGAAUUCAAUUGAUCAAGGAGCUGAACCUACAACAUGAUUGUAAGUAGCCCUAACGAAUGACAUGCUGCGUCCUGCCGGCUCCACACUAUGUUUCGUUUCCUCCAGAGGCGUCUACAAAAUGAAACUCGGACUGUCAUGAUGUUGAGCACG